AUGCUGCGCAGGGUGGCAUCCUCGUUUUGGUUCCUUUUUCGACAACAACGUCUUCCCGCGAUUCAGCCCUUAAGCCAUCCUUUUCAUAUUAUCACAUGGCUUCUUAUUGUAUCCAUGCUCUUUAUUCCACUCAGCAUGAUUAUUUUAUUUACCGGAAAAUUAGCAAAUGAGCUAACGUUUCGCUAUGAUGAUAUCCAUCAAUGCACCGCGGAGUCAAACCAAAGGUCCUUCACCUACAUCGGGAACAGGCUGAAGCUGAAGACAGGAUGUAUUACGACGGUUAAUUUUCAUUUGAAUAAAACUCUCAAGGCGCCUGUUUAUUUAUAUUAUGGAUUAACAGGAUUUUAUCAAAACCACCGAAAGCUCGCAAAUUCGAAAUCACAAAAACAAUUGGAAGGCACACCGGUAUUGCGGAAGGAUUUGGAAAAUUUAUCCCCCUUAAUGCGACCUGGGGAGCUCACGCGAACUGAAAAUACACCUAUAGAAGUAAAUAAAAAGGUUUAUAAUUAUCGAGAUUUUAUUUACUCGCCAGGGGGACUUUUACCGUGGUCGAUGUUCAACGAUACCUUUGUACUUUAUCAAAUUCCAAGAAAGGAUGCUGUUUUAGCAGACAAAAAGGAUAGGUUCACAAAAGAUCCGGUGCGAUUGCUCAUCUGCAAUGAUAGCGCCUUCUCCAAAAGCACGAAUGAACCGCUAGAGGGGAUGGUAAACAGAAAUCCCACCAUGGGCGAAAGCGACAACGUUCAAGCAUUGGGUAGAAACCGAUGCCGAAAGAAAGGAAUUAUGUGGAAAGAAAAUAUCUCAAAUCGUGAGAAACCUAUUUUUUCCCCUCCUUAUGGGGGAAAUAUUGAAGAUCCUUUGAUAUGGGGUGCCCCUCGUGGGUUAGAUUACGCGGAAGGCUCUUCUUUCGUGGAAAGUCCUCUGUCGUCUAGAAUGUUAUCGAAUGAUACUUAUUUCAACGAAGGCUGGUAUGCAGGGGAGCUUGGACAUGCUAUUCCAAUUAGUGCGGAUGAAGAUCUCAUGGUGUGGAUGCAUCUCGCGCUCUCGCCCAAAUUUCGUAAACUACGGCGUAUCAUCGAGGAGGAUUUAACCCCUGGAGACUAUCAAAUGGAAAUAGGUGAGCACUACGAUUCGGUUAGUUUUGGCGGUGAAAAAAGCUUUACUCUCGCCACGGUAUCUUAUUUAGGUGGCAAAAAUAUAUUUUUAGCAAAGUUAUGUUUAACAGUUGGUCUUGCUUCACUUGCGAUGGUAUUUGUUUUUUUCUUAUUACGUCGGCAAUACGAGAUCAAAGUUCAGCGAGAGCUUGAGUGUCUCUACGAAAUAAAUUGUAUUGAUAAUUAA